CCCGUUAUAAUUCAAGGCGAAGAAUAUUUAAGGCAGCAUGAGUUCUAAUUUUUAGCAUCGUUUCUCCUUUAAUUCACCAGAAGUAAAACGAAACCCACCAGAAUCCAUUAUUACUACCGAUAUGUUCAAAUUCGCUCUCCAGACUGUCUUCGUGCUAUUGUUCACUCAGGCUCUGUUCAUGGGGGCAUCUGCUACUUGCACCAGUGAUUCGGACGUCCCACCGGCGAAAUUUGCUGUCCAAGACUUACUAGCGAUCCUUCUGGAUGUAGAACCCCUCUCCCCGCUGGGUUUGGGCCUGGACCUGCGUGCUAGGUUUGUGGAACUACCUUUAUAAGAGCUCGGGCAUAACUUAUGAAGAUACUUAAAUGAAGAGACUCUUUACAAAAC